AACCAGGCUGUCAGUUGACUCCGAGGCAAACGAGAGGUAGAGAUGGCACUCCGGAAUUUUCUGACGGACUGCUACCAAACUUUUCAAUAUUGUGUGCGGUUAGCCACAUCAGACGAUGAUGAAACGAGACGAGCGUCUUUGGCAAGAAUGCGUACAAUGCAAUCAAGUCUCCGAUGGGCAAGAGGAAGGCUGGUAGAGACGGGCCUGGCUGGACAGCUGCUGGAUGUCAUCAAGGAAUUUCUUCAGGACACCGGAGAAGAUCGACAAAUCCCUGUGUCUCAAGGAUAUCGUGCUCCUCGAAUAAGGGGACGGGUCGGGCAGCCACGUUGUCUGAUCACGGAAGAGCAACUGCAGUUCCUACUCUCAUUUAAUUUCACAUUGCAGCAGAUUGCAGACAUACUGGGUGUCUCAAGACGCACUGCAACACAACGCCUCAGACAACAUAAUAUCACCAUCCGUGGUUGCUACUCCAACAUGACCAAUGCCGAGUUGGAUGAGCGCGUCAUUGACCUGGUACACGGAAAUGACGAGCUUGGCCCAGAUGCUGUGCGUGCACGUCUUUUUGGCGAAGGCAUCGUUGUCCAGAGAAGACGUGUUCGCCAGAGUCUCCUCAGGACCAACCCAGCGGGGGCUGCUCUCAGAGCCAUGUCUCAUAGACUGCACAGGCGCACAUACAGAGUAGCUGGGCCUAAUUCGUUGUGGCAUCUUGAUGGAAAUCACAAACUCAUCAGGUGGAGAAUCGUUAUCCAUGGAGGAAUUGACGGAUUCAGCCGGAUGAUUGUGUUCCUCCAAGCUGCCAACAACAAUAGAAGCAGCACUUUGAUGAAGCAGUUUGUUCAGGCGGUGGACCAAUUUGGUGUCCCCUCUAGAGUACGCUGUGACCAUGGUGGGGAAAACAAUGCUAUGAGGGGCCAGCAGAUGAGCAGCCAGCAGAGCAAGCGGCGAGACCACCUGUACCCACUUUCAACUGGCCAGAGAGGGUUGCUGUCCCUGCCAAUACGUUUGCUGUUGAGCCUGGUCGCCUCCAAGAACUGCAACAUCGAGUCGACCCUCUGGCUGGUUCCAGAGACGGGAUGGGGGUUGAUCUUCUGGAGGAAGUUCUGA